AUGAAAGCUGGAGAAGAGAAGAAGGUACUGAAAUUGAAGACAGCGCUAUAUGGGCUGAAGCAAGCACUGCGGGCAUGGAACACACGUAUAGACACAUAUUUCAAGGAGAACGGGUUCGAGCAAUGUCUGUACGAACAUGCCCUCUAUGUGAAGAAAAAUGGAAGGAAUGUAUUACUUGUUGCUCUCUAUGUCGAUGAUCUUAUUUUUCUGGGCAGUACUGAUCAGAUGAUAGAAGAAUUCAAAAGCACAAUGACACGUGAAUUCGAGAUGACAGACUUAGGCCUGAUGAGAUUCUUUCUUGGUCUGGAGGUUCGACAAGAAGAAACAAGAAUCUUCAUCUCACAAGAAAAAUAUGCAAAAGAAAUCUUGAAAAGAUAUAAGAUGGAAAGCUGUAAUCCGGCUUCGACGCCAAUGGAACCAAGAACAAAGUUGUCGAAAUUUGAUGGAGGAGAACGUGUCGAAGCAGGCAAAUAUCGAAUUUUGGUAGAAAGUCUUCGCUAUCUCACAUGUACAAGACCAAAUAUCUCAUUAAGUGUAGGCAUUGUAAGUCGAUUCAUGGAGCAGCCAGUUUACACACAUUGGAAAGCAUUGAAGCGAAUUCUGAGGUACAUCCAAGGAACAGUGUCACUUGGGAUGUUCUACUCGAAUUCAGACAAAUACAAGUUGGUUGGUUACUUUGACAGUGAUUGGUGCGGAGACAUAGACGAUCGAAAAAGCACUUCUAGAUAUGUGUUCUUCAUGGGAAAUACUGCAUUCACUUGGCUUUCUAAAAAGCAUCCAAUAGUAACACUUUCAACAUGUGAAGCAGAAUAUGUAGCAGCAUCCUGGUGCGUUUGUCAUGCAAUAUGGCUCAGAAGAUUGAUGAGUAAAAUGGAGCUAAAAUAG